GAAAUUGAAAAAAAUGAAUCAAAGUUCCAGAAAGCCCUAAAACCCUCUCUCUCUGUGACAUAGUGUCUCUCAUAUUCAUAGACAGCGAGAGAGUUCAGUUUCUGUGUUUUUGAGUUUGGCCAAAGCGCAGGAAGUUCAACUGCCUCUCAGUCACGCUCGCUGAAGCUUUUCUUUUUCUCUCAAAAGUCUCCGCGGUUUCUUAGAAGCAAAAAAAUCAAAAAAGAGGAAACAAGAUGUCUUUGCGGGUUCUGAACCCAAAUGCCGAAGUGCUUAACAAAUCGGCGGCGCUUCACAUGAACAUCAAUGCCGCCAAGGGCUUGCAAGACGUGCUCAAAUCUAAUCUCGGCCCCAAAGGAACCAUCAAGAUGCUUGUUGGUGGAGCUGGAGACAUCAAGCUCACCAAAGAUGGUAACACUCUGCUCAAAGAAAUGCAAAUUCAAAACCCUACUGCAAUUAUGAUUGCAAGGACAGCAGUUGCCCAAGAUGACAUAAGUGGAGAUGGCACCACUUCUACCGUGAUCUUUAUUGGUGAGCUUAUGAAACAAUCGGAGAGAUACAUUGACGAAGGAAUGCAUCCACGGGUACUGGUUGAUGGUUUUGAGAUUGCAAAAAGAGCCACUCUCCAAUUUCUUGAGAAAUUUAAGACUCCUAUAGUGAUUGGUAAUGAUCCUGACAAAGAGAUUCUCAAAAUGGUGGCGAGGACAACUUUAAGAACCAAGCUAUAUGAAGCAUUGGCAGAUCAGUUGACUGACAUAGUUGUUAAUGCGGUUCUUUGUAUUCGUAAGCCUGAGGAGGCUAUUGAUUUAUUUAUGGUGGAGAUUAUGCAUAUGCGACAUAAAUUUGAUGUAGACACACGCUUGGUUGAAGGUCUUGUCCUUGAUCAUGGUUCUAGGCAUCCUGAUAUGAAACGACGAGCAGAGAACUGUCAUAUCUUGACAUGUAAUGUAUCUUUGGAGUAUGACAAAAGUGAAGUAAAUGCAGGAUUUUUCUACUCGAAUGCAGAACAGAGAGAGGCAAUGGUUGCAGUUGAAAGGCGUCAAGUUGAUGAAAGGGUUCAAAAAAUCAUUGAUUUAAAAAAUAAGGUUUGUUCUGGCAAUGACAAUAGCUUUGUUGUCAUUAAUCAAAAAGGAAUUGAUCCCCCAUCAUUGGACCUUCUUGCAAGAGCAGGGAUAAUUGCCUUGAGAAGAGCCAAGAGGAGAAAUAUGGAACGCUUGGUUUUGGCUUGUGGAGGAGAGGCUGUAAACUCUGUAGAUGAUCUCACCCCUGAUUGUCUUGGUUGGGCUGGACUGGUCUAUGAGCAUGUGCUUGGGGAAGAGAAGUACACAUUUGUGGAAAAUGUGAGGAACCCUCAUUCUUGUACGAUCUUAAUCAAAGGGCCUAAUGACCAUACAAUUGCUCAGAUUAAGGAUGCUGUUCGUGAUGGUCUGAGGGCAGUCAAAAAUACUGUGGAAGAUGAAUCUGUUGUCUUAGGGGCUGGUGCUUUUGAAGUUGCAGCUAGACAGUAUUUAGUAAAUGAAGUGAAGAAAACUGUUCAAGGGCGAACUCAGCUUGGUAUUGAAGCUUUUGCGGAUGCCCUCCUAGUGGUGCCUAAGACACUUGCUGAAAACUCUGGUCUUGACACGCAAGAUGUGAUCAUUUCACUUACGGGAGAGCAUGACAGGGGAAAUGUUGUUGGAUUGAGCCAGCACACUGGAGAGCCCAUUGACCCUCAGAUGGAGGGUAUCUUUGAUAACUACUCCGUAAAGCGCCAGAUUAUAAACUCAGGGCCUGUAAUUGCAUCACAGUUGCUGUUGGUGGAUGAAGUAAUUCGUGCUGGGCGUAACAUGAGAAAGCCAACCUAGUUUUUUUUGGCAUGUUUUUUUGCUUUUAUGGAGGUUCAUUUUCUGAUGAUGUGCUAUGUAUUGGCUUGAACUACCUCAAUGCAACAGAGAGCGGUUGUGAUGCUGAGGAGUGUUGGAGGAAAUUUGCAUCUGUAGUGAAAUUUUUUCUAUGAAUCAACUCCUGUCAUAUACAUGUAGUAGGCUAAACUUUCUCAUAUAAUCAUCGUUUUGUUUAAGUUUCUCA